AUGAUUUCCGAUCACUUUUUCCUGGUCGCCACUAUUAUUCUGCUGAUGAGAAACGCGCUGAUUGUGACCAGCAGUCAGCAAGAGAAACGGCCAGAUGCGAAGAAGAUUUCUGAGGCGCCCGCGGAUCAUUUCACAGGUUUUUGCUCAUUUUCUUGAUCUAGACCAAAAACAAGUAAAACAUUUUCUAGUUAUUCAGAACCGAAAGCAUGGACGCGAGAAGCGAUCGUCAAAAUGUGGACAGAGCGAGAUCACAUGGGCUCAACGCCAAUCCACGUCAUCACUCCGCCGGGACUGCCCGCCGUCCGCUUCGUUUUCAAAAACGAAUCGGCGACGCGAACGCAAUCUCUGAAGCACAGAUACUCGUGGGCGCUCAUGAUGUGGGCUCUUCUGGAGCAGCACGUGCAGAACGGAACUCACGUUUUCGAGGCUUCUUCCGGGAAUACCGCUUGCUCGCUGGGAUACUUUUGCAAACUGAUCGGCGUUAAGUUCACUUCUAUUGUGAGUUUCAUGGAGUGAAUGGAUAAUUUCUGGAGUUCAAAGGUUUUGUGUCUUUACCAAUAGAAGUCCAAAGUUUUAGGCUGACAAAUCGUGUUAUUUUGAGGUGCCAGACACAAUUGAAACCGUUAAAGUGCGUCGAAUCGAGGAGCAGGGCGGUUCUGUCGUGAGAGUUCCGAUAUCCGAUCGGCUCAUUCGAGCGGAGCAACUCGCCCGCGAAUCCGGAGGAUUCUUUAUGAAUCAAUUCAAAAAUGCGUUCUACGCAGAAGAGUUUCAUGAAAGUUAGACGCCCCAUUCAUCUUCAGUAGAUGUUAAAGGUUUUCAGGCGGAAAUUCCGAAAAACAGUCGGUGAAUAUAAUGCACGAAGUUGUACAGCAACUCACGGGAACACCACCCCACUACUUUGUUCAUUCGGCGGGAACAGGCGGUACACUUUCUUCGAUCGGACGAUACGCGAAAAAAUACGGACUUUCCACACAAAUAGUACUGGCUGACACUGAAUUCUCAGUUUAUUACGAUUAUGUGGUCAAUGGAUCGUAAGCUUUGACAACUUUUGGUGAAUUUUAUGAACUAAUUCAGGUUUGUGUCAGAGUCCGGAGCUUCUCAAUGGAUUGCUCCAGGGAUGGCGGGAAUCGGGUAUGGAACAAUGGGCCCCGCAAAGAUCGCAGAGACUACUAGGUAAAGCAUUCUGUCCGGUUCCGCGGAAAUGUAAUAACUUUCUUCAAGCUUGGAUCCGGCCGUCAUAGAUCGGGCCCUUAAAAUCCCCGACCUGGCGAGCACAGCGGCGAUGCAAGUGGCCAGAGACAUCGGAAUCGACGGAGGAACGAGCACGGCUGUCAACUUCCUUUCGGCCCUUCACAUUGCAUCAAGUCUUCCGACAUCUCCAAAGUCUCCAACACAACCAGUGGUAAUUGCCACGAUUCUGGCAGACUCUGGAAAGUUCUACGAGUCAACGUACCUGAAUCGCAGCUGGAUUGAAGAAAAGUUUCGGUUUCAUGGAGGGUUGAAGGUUGCGGAAAUUGAUAAACUUUUCAAAGAAAUCUUUAUUGAGUUUCAGGUAUACUACUGCUGGAUUCGGGUGAUUCGACGGGCCUAUUUCACUGGAAACGAUCCGUUGGAACAGGGAAGGAUAUUGUGCUCUAAUGUAUAA